AUGGAGUCCACUACUGGCGGUUUCAUCUCCAUCUCCCUCGGUGAGACAACGCACUCGAGCGUGGGCGAUCAGGUCGGUAUGCCUGUCUUUGCGUCGGCGGACGAUGUAAAUGCAGGCACAGACUCAGAGGCACAGACGAAGAUGACGACGAGGAGGGGAACGAUAAAUGCGGUUUCUGUGGUUAGCACCAACGCUGAUGCGGGGCAAGAUGGAUAUGCUAACAUAAAAGUGGAGAAGCAUGUGACUACUGUGGUGUAA